AUGGGACCUGACUGCGCAAGCUGGCAACCAAAUUCGCCCGUGAGCGGAGGCCAAGGUGCGUGCGCAAAUGGCCUUCAGACGUUCACUGGUGCCUUUGAUAUCUGGCGCGGCUGGAACGCGAUGGGCGGCGACUACUCUGCUACUUUUGCGCAAUGGGGUAACUUUUUGGGCGCUACUUGCACUGGCGGCAAGACUGUCUCAUGCGAUCCAAAGUCAGGACAGUAUCCUAAUCCUGUCACUGGGAAGUGUCAAACUCGGCAAUGUGUUAUCGACAAAAGUUGUUAG